UCAUCAAUCUUUAACGGCCCAGAUCUUCAUAUUGGACAUUGCAGGAGACUCGAAGACCCAGAUCGCAGAAAUGGCCGCAGAGAAGGAGUGGAAGGCAGAUGACUUUCCCUGCACCCUGACCUUACACGUUCCUUUCCCGUCCGACCACCUCGCAACAACCGCAGAACGCGCUCUAUCCGUGGAUGCCGAACUCUCGCCUCUCGUCCGCCGCUCCUUUGCCUUGACCACGCCAUCCACCACAUCUACCCAGCCUACCGCUUCAGAGAAAAGCGUGCUACAGGUCAACUAUGCCGCUACAACGAACCGCAUGUUGCGUGUCGCCGUCAAUGGGUUCAUAGAAAGCAUCGGAGUCGUCAUAGGGGUGAUGAAGGAUUUGGAUGUCGAUGUAGUGUAUGAGCCUAGUGCAGAAGGACUAGAGGGGGUGCAAGGGCUAGAUGGAAUAAAAGCCAAGUGAAGCAUAAGAGAGAAAUCUCUUGGAGAACAAAGCAACAUCCGGCGCAAAGAUCCGGUGUAGCGUUAGGAUGGCAAAA